UGUAAUGCUAUUCACUUGACUAUACUUCAUCAAGGAGCUGUGUUGACAGUUUGCAUAAUGCUUAAUAAAUAAUGAAAUAAAAGUAUUAGUUUUUUUGUUGGUAUACACUUGUAUAAAUCUCUUUUACACCAUGGCUAUGUUUGAAACGUUAAGAAAAGAAUAUAGUGAUUACUUGCAACAAUGUUUCAAAGUCCCAGACAUACAGACAUUUCAAAAGAAAUGUACAGAACGAUGUGCAAAUGACAGUGAUAGAAAAGCUGCAGUCGAUCAGGCGUUAAGAGAUACUCUCCUUGUAAUUUUAUCCGAGCAAGUGGACACCAAUGUUCAGUUACUUGAGACGUAUAUUACAUUCUGCAUCGAGCUAUGCAGAAAAGACUUAGCAACAGCCAGUAUGCCAGUUAUGUUGCUCGGUGACAUAUUCGAUUCUAUGACACUUGAUAGAUGUGAACAACUCUUCACAUUUGUUGAAAAUAAUGUUGUUGUGUGGAAAGAAGAUCUAUUCUUCAGUGCUUGUAAAAAUAAUUUGCUAAGGAUGUGCAAUGACCUGCUUAGACGAUUAUCUAGAUCGCAGCAGACUGUAUUCUGUGGCAGAAUUCUAUUAUUCUUGGCCAAGUUUUUCCCUUUCUCAGAACGAUCUGGUCUUAAUAUUGUCAGUGAGUUUAAUUUGGAAAAUUAUACUGAGUUUGGUUCUGAAAAAUCAGAGGGAGACGUGUUGGAACAAAUAAAUAAAGAUGAAGAUAAAUCAGAGACCAAAGUACCAAUUGAUUAUAAUUUAUAUAGAAAGUUUUGGGCACUACAAGAUUUCUUUAGAAAUCCGAAUCAAUGUUAUCACAAAAUGCAUUGGAAAGUGUUUUCAGCGCAUGCAUCUAGUGUUUUAUCAGCAUUUUCGUCUUUCAAAUUGGAAGAACAACGCAGUUAUCCUGCGGCUACUGUUAAACUUGAUUCUUCGAUGGAAGGUUCUCAUAAGGAAACCCCUUAUUUUGCAAAAUAUCUAACAAAUCAGAAAUUAUUGGAACUACAGCUGUCUGAUUCAAAUUUUAGGAGAUAUGUAUUGCUGCAAUUUCUCAUUCUCUUCCAGUAUCUUAAUAGCACUGUUAAAUUUAAAGCCUUCCUUGCCAGUGGCUAUGAGACAAGUGAAACACAUGAGCUGAAGCCUGACCAAGUAGAUUGGGUGAAAGGAACCACAGAUCAAGUUUACGGGUUACUGAUAGAGACGCCUCCCGAUGGUCCGACUUUCGCUGAUACUGUCAAAAAUAUAUUGAAACGCGAAGAGCAUUGGAAUGCAUGGAAAAACGAAGGUUGUCCACCAUUUAAAAAGCCAGCUUCGGAGGCUAAUAUUGAUAUAGAUGAAUUGAGGAAACCGAAACGACCGAGACGUAGAAUUGGAGAUGUUAUCAGAGAUGCUCAAGCAGUAGGAAAAUAUCACAUGGGAAAUCCAGAACUUACAAAGUUAUGGAAUUUAUGUCCUAAUAAUCUUGAAGCAUGUAAAUCCAAAGACAGAGAUUUCCUUCCAUCUUUAGAAACAUACUUUGAAGAAGCCAUUAUGCAGUUAGAUCCUAAUGCAAUGGUCGAGGACGAAUAUAAGAAAGUAAAUGAUGGAAACUUUGGUUGGAGAGCUUUGAGGUUAUUAGCUAGACGCAGCCCCCACUUUUUCGUUCAUGGGAAUUAUCCUAUCAAUAAACUUCCCGAGUACCUUGAAACGAUGAUUAAAAAAAUUGCCAAAGAUCGCCCACAAACACAGUCCGAUACAAAAUUGGAGACCGGCGAAACGCCACCAUCGGAAACGAACGAUCAAGAAUUCAAUGAAGAUGUGUUAAAACAAGAGAGCGAACAAGUUGAACCCGAAAAUACAGAUACUAAGGGGCGAAAACUAACGAAGGUUACUCCCGAAAUGGUGGCGAAAUUAUCAGAUAUUUUAAAGAACGAUUGGAAGAAAUUAGCAACUAAAUUUGGUUACACAAAUGAGGAGAUCACGUUUUUCCAAGGGAAACCUACACCGUACGAACAAUGUAAAAAUAUGUUGGAGAUUUGGGCAGAAGAAGAUGUGGAUGCGUCCAUGGAGAAUUUAGCAUAUAUUUUAGAAGGUUUAAAGUUCACGGAAGCGUUGUCUAUUUUAAAAUCAUAAAUGUAUUUUUAAAAAUCGUCUAUGCAGCAAUUAACUUUAAGAUGUGAAGAUUACUAUGUGAAUUAAUAAUAAACUUUUUCAAUUUUCCUAA